UCAUGGUUUGAGGGUUUCAGUAGGGUUUAACUUUAACCUGCUUCGUCCCCAUUUGCACCGACGAGACUCAUGGCGAGCACAAAGAAUCACGAGACACGCGCACUACAACCUCCACCAGAAGAAUCUGAAAAUGAAUUCGAAGAAGGAGGAGGAGGGGGUAGUGAAGAGUGGGAAGAUUGGAUGGAUAAUGAAGAAGAAGAAGGAGAUUCUAGCUUUGAUGAUCUUGUGUGUUUGUUCUGUGACGCUAGGCACGCAUCCUGCGACGUACUAUUCGAGCACUGCCGUGGAUGCCACCACUUUGAUUUUUAUGCUAUUAGGAAUGCCUUAAGUUUGGAUUUCUAUGGUUCGUUAAAGCUCAUCAACUAUGUGCGGUCUGAGGUGAAAGGUAUAAGAUGUUGGAGUUGUAGUCACGUAUGUCUUGACAACCAAGAUCUGCUAAAUCAUUUACAUGAAGCUGGAAACUUAAACAAUAUCAAGCUUUGCUUGGAGGAUGAUAAAUAUCUAAAACCUUUCUUGCUAGAUGAUGCUCUUUUGUAUAGUUUUGGGGAAUGUGAAGGAGGUGAAGAUGACUCGAACACAAUUGGCUAUAAAGAGGAACUUAUGAGCCAUAUGAAAAUUUUUGAGGAGAUCCGCAUUGAUGUUGAGAAUACUGGGAAAGAAUUGACCACAAGUUCUGGUUCCCUGGAUGACAAUGGGAAUGCAGAAGUUGCUUUUGCUUCUAAUGGGCACUUGGACAUGGCAUGUUCUUCGAAAAGCGAUGGGGAUAUGAAAGAAUGCGCAGGGUUGUCUGAUUCGAAAGAUAUGCUGCCCAGAGGAUCUCUUGUGAAUCUUGCUGAAAAGGAUAUCAAGAACGUUAAUGAAAAUUAUUUCGGGGCAUAUAGUUCAUUUGGUAUCCACAGAGAGAUGAUAAGCGAUAAGGUAAGAAUGGAUGCUUAUGGGCAAGCUAUUUUGAAAAAUCCUUCUCUGUUGAAUGGUGCAGUAGUGAUGGAUCUAGGUUGUGGCACUGGCAUACUCAGUCUUUUUGCAGCCCAAGCAGGGGCUUCAAGAGUCAUUGCAGUUGAAGCUAGUGAGAAGAUGGCGGCAGUAGCUACUCAGAUUGCAAAAGACAAUGGUUUUUGGCGGUCCCAAUCUACAGACAGUAACCAGAGCACUGGGGUGUUAGAGGUGGUUCAUAGUAUGGCUGAAGAUCUCCAUAAAUCCAUACAAAUUCAACCUAAUAGCAUAGAUGUAUUAGUAAGCGAAUGGAUGGGAUAUUGCUUACUCUAUGAGUCCAUGCUCAACUCAGUGCUCUUUGCACGAGAUCGGUGGCUAAAGCCUGGAGGUGCCAUCCUCCCUGAUACAGCAACAAUGUUUGUUGUGGGAUUUGGAAGAGGUGGUACCAGUCUUCCAUUUUGGGAAAAUGUAUAUAGUUUCAACAUGUCUUGUAUUGGGAAGGAACUUGUGCAAGAUGCUGCUAAGAUUCCUAUUGUUGAUGUUGUGGAUGAUCGUGAUUUGGUAACUGAUGCUGUGGUUCUCCAGACCUUCGACUUGACGACAAUGAAGCCUGAUGAGGUGGAUUUUACAACAAGCAUUGAGCUGGAACCAAAGAUGACAAGUCCAGCAAGUGACUCCUCUCAGCUCCAAUCCGAUACAACCUGGUGUUAUGGGGUGGUCUUGUGGUUUGAGACUGGUUUCACCAGCAGGUUUUGCAAAGAAAUGCCAGCUGUUUUAUCUACAUCACCAUACACUCCCAAGACUCACUGGUCACAGACCGUCCUUACCUUUCAUGAACCGAUAGCCAUAGCACUUGAAAAACCGAGUGCUGAUAAAUUUUCAAAAGUUGGCAUUGCUGAUUGUCCUGCUGCCAAGAUCCAUCUGCGCAUCAGCAUUGCCCGUGCUGUUCAGUACCGCAGCAUUGACAUUUCAUUGGAAACUACUGCAGUUGGUUCUAGUGGUCGGAAGUUCACUUGGCCAGCACAGAUAUUUAAUCUAUCCUAGAGCAGUUUUUAUUCGAAUCGAAAACUGGCUUGCAUUUUCUUCACUUGAAUUGUAACUCGUCUUCAAAGCAACUUUUCACCAUUUGGUAUGCCAAUCUUGUUGUGGCCAUCGCCCAAUUUUGUGUUAGGGUCUUAGAUUAGAAUGCCUGUACCGAAAGUUUGUGCCUUUGUUGAAUGUAUAUCUGCCCUUUUACAGAUGAAAACUUUGCUAGUUUCCUCUCCCAAGCUCGGCAUUCUAGAUAUUAUCAGAUUAUUUUGCCUCUACUGUUGUCACAUUUUGCGUAGUGUUGUAGC